CCCCAACAAAAAAAAAAAAAAUGAUUGAGUGGUGGAGGAGGAGAAGAGGAAGAAGUUGGUUUUGCUCCAGAAGCUCAGUUCUGUGGCCUGCCAAGUCUACUCUUCUCAAGAUCAGUUCAUGCCUCAGUCCCAAUCACAGAGCUAAAGAAAAUGUGCCAGUUCUGAACAUGAGAAGUCCUCCGGCUCGGUUGGUGAUGACACGGGAACUCUUUCGUCUGUUUACAGGGAAUGCAAAUGGACUUGUGGUCCUCUACAAGGAUAUGGAGUCUUGUGGUGAAUAUGCAGACAUAAGAGUGUUAUGGGAGAUGGUUCAGUCUUCUCGGCCUCUAAGCUCCCAAACCACCGGAGCCAGGACCACCAAGAAUCACUGGAAGUUCUGUUUCAGGCCAUAUUACUGAAAAAAAAAAAAAAAAAGAAAGAUUGGUCGCAGCUGCCUGGGGCUCGGGAACUCAGUUAUGAAGUUUGAACCAUGCCAAUUGAAGAUAGGCAGCGCAGUAAUAUUUCGGUUCAGAUCUCGUGUAAAUCUAUCACAAGAAAGGAAUAGUUGUCUAGUGUACGAAGCUAUGUCCUGCUGAAUUGCUGUGAGUUUUCGUUGUUCCAGCAAAAAUUUUGAGCAAUAACUGUAGAAACUGAA